AUGGUACGCGUUUGGGGAGGAUGGAUGCAAGUGGGGAAGGGAGAAUGGAAGGUAGUGGGGAAGGGAGAAUGGAAGGUAGUGGGGAAGGGAGAAUGGAAGGUAGUGGGGAAGGGAGAAUGGAAGGUAGUGGGGAAGGGAGAAUGGAAGGUAGUGGGGAAGGGAGAAUGGAAGGUAGUGGGGAAGGGAGAAUGGAAGGUAGUGGGGAAGGGAGAAUGGAAGGUAGUGGGGAAGGGAGAAUGGAAGGUAGUGGGGAAGGGAGAAUGGAAGGUAGUGGGGAGGAGAAUGGAAGGUAGUGGGGAAGGGAGAAUGGAAGGUAGUGGGGAAGGGAGAAUGGAAGGUAGUGGGGAAGGGAGAAUGGAAGGUAGUGGGGAAGGGAGAAUGGAAGGUAGUGGGGAAGGGAGAAUGGAAGGUAGUGGGGAAGGGAGAAUGGAAGGUAGUGGGGAAGGGAGAAUGGAAGGUAGUGGGGAAGGGAGAAUGGAAGGUAGUGGGGAAGGUGGCUGCACUGCUGCUGCUGAAGCACCAGCAUCCGAGCCAGGGUGGUCGGUCUGGUGGCGCUGGUGGAAAGGGGAAUGCGCGUGGGGGAAGGGGGGCGUGCGUGUGGGUGAAGAUAAGUUUGCUUUCUCGGUGGAGCCCAGCCUGCCUCUGCAGUCUCAGUACCCGCUAAACCUCUCUUCACGCCCUGUAACCACGUCCAAUGCCCUCACCGACCUUCCUCCCCCCGAACCACCUGCCUUCCCCCACACACAGCACCGACCUUCCUCCCCCCGCACCACCUGCCUUCCCCCACACACAGCACCGACCUUCCUCCCCCCGCACCACCUUCCUUCCCCCACACACAGCACCGACCUUCCUCCCCCCGCACCACCUGCCUUCCCCCACACACAGCACCGACCUUCCUCCCCCCGCACCACCUGCCUUCCCCCACACACAGCACCGACCUUCCUCCCCCCGCACCACCUGCCUUCCCCCACACACAGCACCGACCUUCCUCCCCCCGCACCACCUGCCUUCCCCCAACACCACACGCCCUCGUGUUCCUCCUCAUACCCACCCUCCUCCCCCCCUCAUACCCACCCUCCUCCCCCCCUCAUACCCACCCUCCUCCCCCCCUCAUACCCACCCUCCUCCCCCCCUCAUAUCCACCCUCCUCCCCCCCUCAUACCCACCCUCCUCCCCCCCUUAUACCCACCCUCCUCCCCCCCUCAUACCCACCCUCCUCCCCCCCUCAUACCCACCCUCCUCCCCCCCUCAUACCCACCCUCCUCCCCCCCUCAUACCUGCCCUCCUCCCCCCCUCAUACCUGCCCUCCUCCCCCCUCAUACCUGCCCUCCUCCCCCCCUCAUACCCACCCUCCUCCCCCCCUCAUACCUGCCCUCCUCCCCCCCUCAUACCCACCCUCCUCCCCCCCUCAUACCUGCCCUCCUCCCCCCCUCAUACCCACCCUCCUCCCCCCCUCAUACCUGCCCUCCUCCCCCCCUCAUACCCACCCUCCUCCCCCCCUCCUCCCCCUCUCAUACCCACCCUCCUCCCCCCCUCAUACCUGCCCUCCUUCCCCCCCUCAUACCCACCCUCCUCCCCCCCUCAUACCCACCCUCCUCCCCCCCUCAUACCCACCCUCCUCCCCCCCUCAUACCCACCCUCCUCCCCCCCUCAUACCUGCCCUCCUCCCCCCCUCAUACCCACCCUCCUCCUCCCCUCAUACCCACCCUCCUCCCCCCCUCAUACCCACCCUCCUCCCCCCCUCAUACCCACCCUCCUCCCCCCCUCAUACCCACCCUCCUCCCCCCCUCAUACCUGCCCUCCUCCCCCCCUCAUACCCACCCUCCUCCCCCCCUCAUACCUGAGUAG